AUGAAUUUUGAAAACAGAUGGGUCUUGAGAUCCGCUCUGAACUUCGCAAGCGAUGGAGAAAUAGUUAGAGAAGUAGGCAGAGAGUUCCAGAAAAAAGGACCAGAAAAAGCAAAAGCAGAUUUGGCAAAAGAGUGUUUAACACGAGUUAAGAAAAAGCGAGAAGAAGAAGACGAUCGUAAACCGGGGCGUUUAGACUUCUGCUUCGACAGUCCACUGAAAUAUGGAAGAUUCGUUGAGAAAAAUUAUCAAAGAGACCUCCAAGGUCUUGAGAUAUUCCAAGGUUUUCUUGAACAAAAUGUCAACUUCCUCUCCUACAAAAAAUAUCAAAUCAGGGGGAGGUGUUUGGAGGCGUUCCAAACGGCCCUGGAGUCUAAGAACCAACGUUUAACCAGCUUUGCCAUUGCUGGCAUGCAGCAAUUAGUUUGCUUUCCAAAUGAUAUAAUAUGCUUAAAACGUCAGAUGAUGUUGAAAGAUGAAAGGAUGACGUCAUCCAAAGAGAUGAUGACGUUUGAAGAGGUUGACCACUGGUACCCCAUACAAAUGCUGAAUGCUCUGCAUUGUGCUAACAUGCUUGUUGAAGAGGUCCAAGUUGAAGUUAUGAGACUGAUAUUAAACAUGACCAUGACCUUGCCUCAGUGCAUGACAGCUGCCGUCAUCAUCAACAUCGUCAAGACGUGUAUCGACUGCCUGACCAACAACAGCAAGCAGACCGCCAAGAACUUCAUCUUCAACACGUUCUUGAGGGCCACUCACAUGUUCGCUGUUAAGUCCUCUGAGGCUAGCGACGCUGCUGAGAUAAUGUUAGACAUGUACCACGUGACCGGCGAUGUGAAUGUUAAGACUGCCAUCAGGGGCACGUUCAGUCACGUCCUGUCCAUCGUUAACGAUUCAAUGACCAAUGAGAGAGAUGAUGAUGGUGUGAGGGUAAAAAAAAAAUCUGAACCGUCAAAAGUUGGCUGUAGCGAUAAGGACGAAGAUACUGCUGCUGCUGCUGCUACUACCUCUACUACUACCACCACUACUACUACUACUACCAUUACCACUAAUAAUAAUAAUAAUAAUAAUGACAUUACACAUGGUGUUGAUAAUGGUGAAGUUGUUGGUGACGUCUUAACAAAUGCCGAACAGGCAGCAGAAUUAGAACCAGUUUACAAGGGUGAUGAUGAUAAUAAUAUCUGCACUGGUAGGGUUGCUACUGGUGGGAUUAGAGAUGAGAGUGCUAGAGAUGACAUCAGCGGGGCUAUUAAUGGCAGUCUGAAUAACAACACAAUGCUUCAAACACCAUCACAACCAUCAUCGUCGUCGUCAAAAUCAUCGGCAAGUCAGUUGAGUCCAGCGGAUAAUGACUACUUGGCUAUCUUCCAGUACCUGUGUGACUGUUUAUCGUCGGUAGCAGGUCUGAGCAGUCCGUGUGAAUCCCUGAUCCUCGAGGGACUCCUCAUUCUCGUAUCCAGGCUGCCUACGAGUAUCUGUAACUUGCCCACUUUUCAGGAUCUUAUCUGGCAGAAACUUUGCCCCUCCCUCAUCAGCAUUCUCACCAAUCCGGUGAGCGACAAAUUCGCCAUCGUCUCCAAGGUAUCCAUGACAGCCGCUGGGAGAGAGAGUGAGAUUGGGAGGGGCUCGGCCAGCAUCUCCAUGCCGCCCGUCGCAUCUUCCGUUUCGUCUAAGACUAUUUAUAGCAUCUCCAUCAACUUGGUCCGAAGCAUGGGCCACCUGAGAGCCCUGAGACCCGUGUUCGAAUCCCUCUUCCACCGCAUGCUCCUCUACCCGGCUCCCAUCUACAGGAUGGAUGCCGUCAAAUCUGUUAAGCAGCUGAUAACGUCAACCGACGAUUUGUUAGUGCUAUGUGGUCCAACAACUGCAAGUUCAUCAACAUCAUCAACGACCAUAGCAUCAUCUUCAUCGUCGUCGUCACUGUAUGGCUCGUAUGCCAGGAGGAAAUCGGAGGAAGACUUGAGACUUCUGAAGAUAUUUAUCGAUUCUCUAGAAGAAUGCAGUCAAUCAAACGACACGACGAUUGUAUCGGCCAGCGUAGAUCUCAUAAAUGACCUACUUUCAACUAUUGAAUCUCUUGUCUAUGGUCAUGUGACUGAUAACAAUGGUCAUGUGACUGAUGAUAGUGGCAAAUUCACGAAGUCUGGGCCACAUUCUGGUGAUGACGUCAAAAAUAUUGCUGACGACGUUUCGGACGACAAAACAGUUUUUAGUCAAGAUAAUUGCACUGGCAUCACCAACAAAAUCAACAACAAGACCAACAAUAAUAUUAACAAUGACAACAACAAAAUCAACAACAACACCAACAAUAAUAUUAGCAACGACAACAACAACACAUCUAGCAGCACGCAAUCUGCUGACGAGGAGUUUGAUAGCAUCAACGUUAUCAACAACUCACAGGAAGUAACAAAUGAUUUUCUCUGCUCAAAGUACAUCAGAGAGUUGAAGGAUUUGGUUGGGCAAUUGAUGGAGUGUCGAACCGUCGUGCAGUGUGAUGAACGUGUGGUCAGGUUCGCUUCUGCAUUUUGUGCUGAAUAUAACAGCAGCAGCAGCAGUAGCAGCAACAACUUCAUCAACGAUCGAAUGAUAUUGAACGCCGACGCAGUAUACGUCAUCACUUACUCUUCCAUCCAUCUGUCAAUAUCUCUCCUCCAGUCUGGUUACCAUGACAACGCCGAGAAAAGUCUCCCCAUUACACUGAAGCAGUUCAAGGGAGAGAUACUGGACGUGGGGUUGCUGCUGUUUGUAUCUCGAUCUUGGCUGGAUGAUAUCUUUAAAGCAUUGAUAUCAUCCGAUGUUCUUGGGCUCUCUGGAUACUUCGUGAAUUUUGAUGAUGACGACAUUCGAGGAGGUCUGUGCAGUAGUGGGAUGCCAGCGCAUCUCUUGAGCAAGUAUCAAAUAGGAUGCCACUGUGAUGACGACGAAGAUGACGAUGAUGAGUACGAGAAUGGAAAGGUUGAUGAUGACUUCACGCGUGAUGACAAAGUUGAAUGUAGUCGUGGCCAUGUAAAGAAAUGCAGCGAAAAAGAUGGAAAUAACGAUAACAACAACAACAUCAACAGCCACAAAUACCAAAUAGCAAUCACCGGCAAUAAAUACCUCACCAACCUUACCAAACAAGACGUGCACUUACUGUGCGCCAACGUGCUGGCGACAUGUUGGGAUGCGGUCCUCAGCAUCCUGACGGCACUGACCUCCAACAAAGAGACAAACAUCAACUUCUCCAACCUGCUGCUACUCUUCAACAGUAAGGAAGAAACAAGGAAGAUCAGGCAGGCGAUAUGCUUGAGUUUGGAAGGGCUGAGGAGGGCAGCUAAGUUGGCGUCUGUACUUGGCCUGCAAGACAAGUGCAGCUGCAUAUUCGCCCACCUGGCCACAGCUUCGUGUGUCGUCGAACUGGAGGACAUCAAGAAGGAGCGACAGCAGUCCCAGCAACUUGCUCAACAUUCCAACAUCAGUGACGUCAAAACUUCAACAUCCCAGCCAUCUUCCUCAUCGUCGUCAUCAUCAUUCCUUUCCAAUCUAACCGGUAACAAAUCGUCUCUAUCAUCAACACUUGCAUCGUCAUUACCUGCAUCCCUCUCAUCGUCAUCGUCAUCGUCGAUAUUGGGGGGCCACAAACCCCGCCUGGCCCGCCUACACGCCGCCCACGUGCUCAGCAUGGAUGUUCUUCUCAGCAUCGGGCUGGAGAUGGGAAGCCAGUCCGGGGAUUGCUGGAAACAUGUAUUCAGAUGCUGCAGUCACAUAUCUGAGUUGGAACACACGUACUUCAGCAUCAACAGCAGCAGCGACACGCCAAACAGCCACAACCACAACAACAUUACAACGCUGCUGGUUCAGAAGCCUGCUGAUUUCAACAAGGGAGAUUACAUAACCGAUUUUGAUGGCAUUGAUAACUCAGCUGACUUGGCGACGGUGGCCAUGGUGGCUAUGACGACAUCCGGACCUCUCACACCACGCAUCAACGUGCGUGACGUCAUCGAGCAGAGUCGUCUGCAGCGUGGGUGGGACGUGGCGGGGGGAGGAGUCCUGGAUCACGUGCAGGCUGCCAAGGUGCUCUGUGGUCUGUCGCAGCUUGUUGACAAAUUGUACGAUGAUGCUGUGAAGAGGUUGAACAUGGCCUCCCUUCUGACCUUCCUCACCGAACUCUGCAACUCAAGUGCACAACAACUCUCAACGUACAACAACAACAACAACAAUGUCGAAUCAACAACUCCUUCUUUAAGCAGCAACAAAUUCAUCAAAAUUGACAGCAACAGCAACUCAACUCUAACAAGUUGGCCAAACAGCAACACCAACAAUUCCUCAUCAGCUCUCCUCUGUAACAUCAACUCACCAGCACCACUACCAGCAGCAGCAAUAACAACAACAACAACCACAACAACUGGUGGAACGUCAUCAACGUUGCCGACAAAUGCAUUGUUGUUAUUCAGGUUGGGGGAUGUAAUGAACGCCCUGGUCUCCAGCGACAGACCCCUGCUGCACAUCAUGAGGGCGUGGAGUGUGGUGGCCGGCCAUCUCAUUUACGUGCGUCUUUUCCUCUUUGUUCGUUUGUUCCUCUUUGUCUUUGUGUUUGUUUGCUUGCUUGCUUGCUUGCAUCUCAACGCCGCCCAACACAGAGACCACACGAUCUCGAAGAAGGCCGUGGCCUGCCUGCAUGACGCCAUCACCACGAUACUCGGUCGCAGGUUCGAAUGCACGCACUUCCACUUGAACGAAUUCCUCUGCCAACCAUUCGAACACCUCCUCAAGCUGGAAAUGUGUGAUGGCGACGUGCAGGAUCAAAUCGUUUGUUCAAUAUGUGAGCUGGUAGAAGCUUACCCCUCGAACAUCAGAAGUGGGUGGAAGCCCCUGUUCGGGGCUCUGCGAGCCGUGAAAAUCCGCCACGAAUGCAUCGAAAACGUUGACGACACGCGACGGCGACACGUUGCUGCAGUGCUGGACGUGUUCGACGCCUUCCUGGCGGCUGAUGAUGUGGUUGUGUUUGCUGACGCUGCUGUUGAGUGCGUUUUGUGUCUCCUCAAGUACGUCAAGGGAUCAAAAGAAUUUGAAAAAGCGCUCAGCAGUGAUGACGACGAUGAUGAUGACGAUGACGACUGUCACUCGACGUCAUCAUCGUCAGGAGAGGUCCACAAGGAUCUCUGCUUUCCCGCCCUCAAGUACCUGAAGAAGUGCGCCACCUACCUGUCCACCAUGUGGUCACUCAACAACUGCCCUGCGUUCGACGGGGUUCAAAGGUUAACUGGGUCAAGGUUAACCGGGUCAAGGUUAAUUGGGUCAAGUCAUUUUUCAACGGUGUCUGAAUUUGUUGGUUUCUUGGGUUUGUGGUUGGUAGGAGUUAACGUUUUGUUUUUAUUGAGGAUGGUAUCUUAUCUUUGA